AUGUCUUCCAAUCAAACAGCAGCAGCAGCAGCAGCAGCGGCAGCAACGCCCACCAAGGUUGCCAUUGGCAUAGAUCUGGGAAGUUGGAACGCCCGACUGGCUUCUUACGAUGAAGCCUUGCAACAUCCGGUCAUGAUUGCCAAUCACGAUGGUCAUCGAACGACCCGGUGUCUUUUGGCAGCGGCGCCUGGUUCGCAACCGAAUGCCGCCACAACUCCGGUGACAAUCGAAACGGUAGAGAAAUUUGUCCAAGACAAUCUCAUGCAAUUGGCCGCCAGUUCGGCACACACCAAGAAUCUAAAUGUCAUUCUGAGCAUUCCUGCCGACAAGGAUGAAGCAACGUUGCAAGAAGAAGGAUGGAUGGCAAUUUUGCAAAAGUUUGGUGCAGUCAUUACGGAUGCUGCGGCAACCUGUUUGGCGUACGAAGAUUGCCUGCAAAAAAAGGAUGGACAAAGGAUUCUGGUACUAGACGGAGGGGCAAGGGGGAUCAAAGCCACUCUGCUAGAAUGCAUGGGAAAUGCCAGUGGUAAUGGUACUGAUAAGAAUGAACUCCCAGUCUUGUCGCGCAUUGCCCCCACAAAAAGGUUGCAAGAAGUGAAUGGGAAUCUUUUGAUUGAUACCUUGGCACAAUCUGUAGCACAACAAUUUGAACAAAAGAAUCGAUUUCCUCGUGGGGAAGUGUGGGAAUCGAAAAAGGUCAAGGAGAAACUACGAAGAGCCUGUGAAUCCGGUCUCAAGACGCUGGUCAUCAACAAUACCGUCACAAUUCACGUGGAUGGAUUGUACGAAGGAGUCGAUUGUCAGGUUUCGAUUAGUAAGCCCAAGUGGGACCAUCUUUCUUCCAAGCUGGCGACGCAAGCCAAAAAGUUUCUAAAAGAAUUGCCAGAAGCCGACUAUGUCCUACUGGCUGGGAACAUGCACCCCUGGUUGACACCACAUGCCAAGGCAAUCUUUCAGAAGAAGCUCAUCACAUCGUCCUCCUUUGAUCCAGCGGAGGCCGCAGCACUUGGAUGUGCCAAACAGGCCUUUUUGAACAUGACGGCAGAGGAAGAUUCAGAUAAGGCUCCCACCAUGAAGGUAUCCGUGUCACCUGUGUCAAUAGGCAUCAAGGCAAUCAUAAAGAAGGCGGCGGCAGACGGAGGCGAAAACAAGAGUACGGACGAAGAGUUGACAAUGAUUCGAAAAGGGACUCCACUUCCCGCUUUGGUAAGCCGUGAUUUUGCUGGCACUGUUUCCAUGGACCUUUGGCAGUUGCAACCGCAAGAAAAGCAAUUGGCCACAUUUGCCGAGUUGGAAGAAUCGACUACUCUGAAAUUGCAUCUGAAUGAGCAAGGGAAACUUAGAAUAUGGGUGAAUGACCAGACCCUAACAAUAGGCUAA